UAUCUUCCGACCAGCUUCUGUUCCACUCGACUUCAAAUGUUUGCGUACAUCGUAUUUUAACUGUGUAUUUUUGUCGGAAUGCAAAGGUUUCGAUUUUAGCCGCAGAUUGGAUUGAUUGAUCGAUCAAAGACAAAGCGACGGAUAUUAUUGAUUUCAUAUUGAGGAUUGACAGCAGAGAUUGAACAUGCAGGACCCAAAUGCAGAUACGGAGUGGAAUGACAUCCUGAGGAGGAAAGGCAUUCUUCCCCCGAAAGAAACACCACAGGAGGAUGAAGAGGAGGAGGAGCAGCUGCUUCAUCAACAGCUGUCUGUGGUGAAAACGUAUGAGAGUAUGACACUAGAGGAGCUGGAGGAGAAUGAAGAUGAGUUUAAUGACGAGGAUGAGCUCGCCAUGGAGAUGUACAGACAGAAGCGGCUUGCAGAAUGGAAAGCGAAUCAGAUAAAGAACGUGUUUGGGGAGGUGACUGAAAUAUCCGCUCAGGAUUAUGUCCAGGAAGUGAAUAAAGCUGGAGACGGGAUCUGGGUGGUGCUGCACCUCUACAAACAGGGCAUCCCGCUGUGCUCGCUGAUAAACCAGCACCUGUCAGAACUGGCCCGCAAGUUUCCUCAAACCAAGUUCCUCAAAUCUAUUUCCAACACCUGCAUUCCCAACUAUCCCGACCGGAACCUGCCCACUCUGUUCGUGUACUACGAGGGCGAGAUGAAGGCACAGUUCAUCGGUCCUCUUGUGUUUGGUGGCAUGAAUCUGAAGUGUGAUGAGCUGGAGUGGCGUUUAUCUGAGUCAGGAGCUGUGAAGACUGAACUGGAGGAAAACCCCAGAAAACAGAUCCAGGAUCAGCUGAUGACAUCCAUCCGCUGUUCUGAACCCAAACACAGAGACAGUGAUGAAGACUCUGAUGAAGACUGAAGCUCCACACUGAGAUUAUUAUAUCAGGAGCACAGUGGGAGCUCCAACACGUAAAGACAGACUGUCCAUCACUCAAACGGAGUCAACUUCAUUUCACCGUUUUACUCUUUGCCAUAUAAAGAGACGACUGCGAAUGGGGACGUCGUCUCUCUGAAACUAUGACUCUAAAACAUUUUUAAGCCAGUCUUCAUUAUAUUAAUUUCCAGAAGUGCCACAUUUGCAUUGCUUUGUUUUAUAUAAGAUUUAUAAUAAUACAACCUUUGUCAGUUCAAUGCUUGUCACAAGUUAUUAUAUAAAACAGAUUGAUUUGGA